AUGGCGGUUUCCGCAUCUGCUAUCAGCCACUUGAUCUCCUUCGAGGCUUCUCACAUCACAAGCCAUCAGCACGUCUCCGGCGGCGGAGAUGACCUCAAGUUGGUGAAGGAACUCGGCAUCUCCGCCAUUUGCAUUGUAGGUGGUGCUUGCCUCUGCAUGCUAAAGAAGUUCCCUCAGCUGAUGACGCCGGGCCUCCUGCUUAUCUUCUUCGGCGCUCAAACUGGAAUGAACAUGUACAUGAAGGCCGUCUUUUCGACCGCCACCGUCCUCGAUCCAGCGCCAGCGGAGUACUGUGCAGAGCUGAGUGCGAGUGACUCGUGUGCUUGGAUGGGUUUCCAGGCCUCGUUCUUCGUUACCGGGAUACAGCAAUUCGGUGGGUUCGUCAUCUUCUGGUUGCUCUUCCUCCCCGCGAAGGCGCUCGGCUUCAACAAAUUGGGAGACAAAGAGAUCGAGAUCAAGAAGCUGACCUCCCAGAACGAGGUCAUCGCGGUGCUGUGCUUCGCGGCUAGCUUCACGAUGAACAUCGCCCUGAACAACAUGUCCAUGUCGCUCAUCCCCCUGACGCUGAAUCUGAUCAUCCGCUCGUGUCUCCCCCUCUCGACUUUCCUCGCGCAGUGGCUCCUCACGAAGUACACGACAGGAGAGGGGAAGCCCUGCAAGGCCAUCGAGAUCGGGUUGAUGAUGCUAGGCGCUGCGAUGAUGUGCGUGUGCGUCUGGGCCAAGAUUGCUGCCGAGGCCGAGGGGGAAUCCCACAAGAAGGGGGCAACCGGCGAGUCUGCGAAGACCGUGGUAGGCGUGAUGUACUGCGUGGUGUCCCUAUUCUCGGGGAGCGUGAACCUGGCACUCGCCGGGAUCCUGAAGACGUCUGUGAAAUUGGACGGGUUCAACACCGUGGUCUAUAACUCCAUCCCCGCCGCGAUCAUCCUCCUCCCCUUCAUGUUCUUGUUGCAGCACCCCGUAAAGCACUGGGACGGGGUCGGCUACACGAACGACGCCUGGGUCGUGGGCCAGGUCUGGGAGCACAGCAAGUCCACCUUCGUGUUCGGCGCCAGCUCCGCCCUGGCCUCGCUGGUGUACAACAUCCUGCAGUUCAGCAUCGUGCAGCACCUGUCGGCCACCCACGUCGCGUUCGCGGGCAACUUCAACAAGGCCGCCACCGUUCCGCUCGCCCUGCUGGUCGGCAUCGACCACCUGCCACAGGCGCCGUACGGCGCCAUCAUGGUCGUCUCGGCCAUCAUCAACAUCAUCGCCUUCGCAGCCUACAACGUGGUCUCUGGCGGUGCUGGCGGCCACGGCGGCGGCGCCACCAAGGAGAGGGAGAAGGAGCCCAUCAGCCCCGCCAAGACGAGCGACGGCGAGGACGACGACGAGAACUCCGCUCUCGCUCGCACCGGGGCCUGA